AUGCCCUUGGUGCUGCACGGUUGUAGAGUUCGCACCAAAGGAAGGUUGAUGCCAGGUUCCUCAGACCAGCGCCUAGAUAGUAAGCUCACCACCCUGGGAAAUCUUACACCUUCAAGCACUGUGUUUUUCUGCUGUGAUAUGCAGGAACGAUUCAGACCAGCCAUCAAAUAUUUUGGGGACAUUAUUAGUGUGGGACAAAGAUUGUUACAAGGGGCCCGGAUGUUAGGAAUUCCAGUUAUUGUAACAGAACAGUACCCGAAGGGUCUUGGAAGCACCGUUCAAGAAAUUGAUUUAACCGGUGUAAAAUUGGUCCUUCCCAAGACCAAGUUUUCAAUGGUAUUACCAGAAGUAGAAGCAGCAUUAGCCGAAAUUCCUGGAGUCAGGAGUGUUGUUUUAUUUGGAGUAGAAACUCACGUGUGCAUCCAGCAAACAGCUCUGGAACUAGUUGGCCGAGGUAUUGAGGUUCAUAUUGUUGCGGAUGCCACCUCUUCGAGAAGCAUGAUGGACCGGAUGUUUGCUCUUGAGCGUCUUGCGCGAACUGGGAUCAUAGUGACGACGAGUGAGGCUGUUCUGCUACAGCUGGUGGCAGAUAAAGACCAUCCAAAAUUCAAGGAAAUUCAGAAUUUAAUUAAGGCGAGCGCCCCGGAGUCAGGCCUGCUUUCCAAGGUCUAAGGACGUUUGAAGGACUGGUCUCCUCCGCAUCAAGUGACAGGACUGUAA